AUGACUACUAAUAAAAGUGUAUUGAUUAGUUUGGCAGUAGCCGCUCAACUGUUGUCUUUCACUAUAGCGGCACCUAGUAGGAGGAGUAACGUCGCACUUAGUGUGCCAAACUUCAACGACUAUUCUGAGGGAGACGCACCCGAUAUAUAUAAACUUUUCAAGGCCCCUUUCACAGGCUGCUUCGGCAUGUAUCGUGAUAGCACUGAUUGUGUGUCAUCAAAACCUAAUGAUUCCUACGUCAAGGUAAAUCCUACUAAUAAGGAUGAACGUGUUAUGGAAAUCAACUUGAGAGCUGGGGUGUAUGGCACUUCCCAAAAAGGUACUGGGGGACAAUUUUACAGCUCAGAAUUUACGGAUGAUUUUGGAGGUGUCGAUGAGGCGACUUACGAAUAUCAAGUAUAUUUUCCCAGUGGAUUUGAAUGGACUCAUGGUGGCAAACUACCAGGACAGUACAUCGGUAGCAUGGAUUGCAGCGGUGGAUUCAUGGCUGAUGGUACCAAUUGCGCAUCAACACGUCUUAUGUGGCGCGAGAAUGGCGAGGGCGAAGCCUACUUAUAUGUUCCCAUGAUGGAACAAGACCCAUCAUUUUGUGCUAAAUGUGCCUACCCAGAAAUGGAUUCCGAAUGUAGCGAUGUUCCUCACUGCUCACUCAACCGUGGAAGUUGGAGUUUCAAUGAGGGCAAGUGGACAACAGUGAAGCAAUACGUCAAACUAAACACCGUUGGCAAGAAUGAUGGUAUCUUUAGCUUAUGGAUUAACGGCAACCUGGUCAUGAAGGAACAGCUGGUUUACAGAACUACCAAUGAUAUGCAACUCUCUGGCCAGUUCUUCAGCACCUUUUUCGGCGGGUCAUCGCAAAAAUAUGCUCCCAACACUGAUCAAACAAUUUUGUUCAAGGGAUUUAAACUUACUGCGGGAGAAGCCUAAACAAGCUUGCAGUGCACAUUCAAGCCCAGAGGCUGCGAACGCCAGUUGUCUAUUGUAUAGAUAUGGAGUCAAUAACAUUAUAAUAAAC